GAAUAAAAUUUCCAAAUUUCAGUAGAAAAGAAACAUUGUCUCGCCCUGAAGGCUAAAGUCUUCGCUUCCUCUUCAUUUCAAAAAAAAAAAAAAAAAGUCUUCUCGUCUUUUCUUCUCCCCAGCCAUCCGAGCCUCCGUCGAAUUCCAGCCAUCCGAGCCUCCGUCGGAUCCUACCUUCGUCGCAUCUGUGUUAUCAAUCGCUCAAAGGUUUAAUAUUUCCAAUUGGGUUGGAAUUUCUGGUAUAUGGAUUUUGCUGGAACAUCAUAUUGGUGCUAUAGAUGCAGUCGAUUCAUUAGCGUAGGAACUCGGGUUCCGGUCCAAGAUAACGUACUUUGCCCCCAUUGUGGUGGCGGAUUCGUUGAAGAAAUGCAGAAUCCGACCCCAACUAGAUCUCCUAUCCGUAAUCAGUUUCCGGCGGCUGCUAUGUACCUCGACCAUGCCCCUAAUCCAGAGAUUCGUAGUUAUGGCCAAAGGCUCCGCCGUAGCCAAAGAAGUAGCCGUGACCGCUCGCCUUUUAACCCUGUUAUUGUCCUUCGUGGCACCGCCGAUGGUGGUGCGGGUGGCGGUGAUGACAGAGAACAAAGCAACGGUACUGAUCGAAGUAACUUUGAGCUGUAUUACGAUGAUGGUAUUGGAACGAGUCUUCAGCCCCUACCUCCUAGCAUUUCUGAAUUUUUUAUGGGUUCAGGAUUUGACCGCCUCUUGGAUCAAUUGUCACAAUUAGAGAUCAAUGGGGUUGGGAGAAUGGAUCAUCCUCCAGCGUCCAAAGCGGCCAUUGAGUCCUUGCCCAUUAUAAAGAUUGUAGCUAACCACGUUUCCACAGAACUACACUGUGCUGUUUGCAAGGAGGAAUUUGAACUCAAUUCAGAAGCUCGAGAGAUGCCCUGCAAGCACAUCUACCACACGGACUGUAUCCUUCCGUGGCUUUCGCUUCGUAAUUCUUGCCCUGUGUGUCGCUAUCAACUGCCCACUGAUGUGCAUGGGUGUCGCAGAAACUCCCCAGAGUCUGCUGAUGGGGUUGAGGAUGAAGAAACUAUUGGUUUAACAAUAUGGAGGCUUCCGGGUGGUGGAUUUGCUGUUGGGAGGUUUACAGGUGGUAGGCGAGCCGCGGAGCGCGAGCUUCCUGUCGUUUACACUGAAAUGGAUGGUGGUUUCAAUACCUCUGGUGCUCCAAUGAGGAUUGCAUUUCAGUCUAGUGGAAGUAUGUCAAGGGAGAGGGGCCGAGUGGGACGAGCAUUUCACAAUUUUUUCUCAUUUUUUGGGAGGCUCAGAAGGUCAUCCUCUCGGUCUGGUGCUGAACCGAAUCCGACUCGAAGGAGUCUUUCUAGUACCAUUUUCAGUAGAACAAGUCGCAGCCGACGCUGGACAUUGGAUAGCUAAUGAGGAGUGUUUUAGUUCCUCUUUUCCUUCUUUGAAACCAAGUUGAGAAAGAGGGGAAGAGUGCAUUUUUACUUCUCAAUUUGUAGGCUCACUUUCUUACUAAGAUAAGAUUGUUGUAUUUGUAGUGCAUUUCUUAAGUUAUCAUUUUUUAUUUUUUGUAUAUUGUAAUUGUAUUGUUUAUUUUAUUUGCUGUGCAUAGCAUACAACUACUGUAAUUCUGUUGAAGAAUAGGACAUUCUGCACUGGCAGCAAAUUAGAAAGAUAUACUAGAGGGAUGUAACCAUUAUCUUAGUACUUGUAUUACGUUUUUCUAUUAAAAAGUUCCAUUACCUGCUUUCUCUCGGGAUUUCGAUGAGAAAUUAUCAA